UCCUGAUUAGCGUGGGGUGCCCCGCACCAGCAGCCUUCGUCCCGAAGGCGCCCGGGGAGCCCGGAGGCGCGGGCAGCGGAGUAGGCACUGCUGCCAGGGGCGCCAGCUCUGCUGCUUCUCUCCCUUCGUCUCGCCACCGCCAAGGAUGGGCAGCGCCUGGGCUCCCGGCUUGGGCCAUGGGAGGGGCAAGCCCCGAUUCCCCCUUUCUGUGCACUCCAAUCCCUCUUCCCCUGGCACCUCUCAUCCUUUCGAGUAAGAGAAUGAGGUUUAAAAAGGUUCAUCCUCCCUGGAUCUUAAGGCCAAUGUCAAGAAUUCGGGCAGAGAGUGUGUAGUAAGAUGGUGUCAGGCAGAGGCGCCGGCCGUCCUUCGACUCGUGCCCGAGAAAAGAAGGCGCUGACCCUCCUCUAACAGAGAGGAACCACGGGCGUGAUACUUCUUAGACUAGUUCCCCCGAACUUAGAAACGAAACAGUUAAGAGUCUAAAAGUGGAAGGAAAGUGAGACCAGCGUGACCGUGAUGCGGGAUAGGAGAUGGUGAACACCUGCGCCGGGGUUGUCUCCGCGACCCCAGAGCCGCCGGAUCCGGCACUCGGGAUCAGGGGCGAGGGGGACUUUCCCGCCCACGCCGCCACCCUGGGCACAUCAGAGCGGGGACGACGGCGGGGGCGCCACCAGCCGGAGAAGCGGUCCGAGAGGCAGACCCUAAGCCAGCGCCCCGGGCGGGGUAGGGGGGUGGUGGUUCUGUGGGCUGGCCCAGGAGGCGCGGGCAAGCCACCCGGGGAGCAGCACCUGCGGGGGCGGUCCAGAGGGCAGGGCCGGGCCUGGGUUCCACGAGCGCCCAGAGCUGGGACGAGUGACCAGGACCAGUAAGGACGAGGGCGGGGCCGAUGCAGGAAGCUAGAGCCCCUCGGGAGGGGCAGCUGGGCCAGAGCAGAGCUAUCGGGCUAGGGCGCUGGGGCUUCCAGCAAGUCAAGAGAAGCCAUGGGAAACCACCCUUUUUUACCUAAAGGCCCCAUCUUGGGGUUUUCCCCCUGCGCCUUGGUCUUACCCCACCGUGCGCCCCAAAUGAAGCCGAGAGAAGCUUCCUUCACCGCAUCAGCUGCCCCAGAGCCUCAGCUAUUCUCAGGGUGUGGUCAACUCACCAUGAGAGGGCGCGGCUUAAGGUCUUGCCGGGGCAGGGAACCCCUUGCCUUCUCCAGGAGCUUGGUGUGGAGUUUGUGGGGAGACGUCUGAAUCAGAUAAACUCAGGAGGUGCAAGGGCUUUCUGAUCUGCCCACUGUUGGGGGCUGCAGAGCUUCCUCCCCUAGGGGGUCCCUGGUGCCCACAAUGUUCCAGGCUCCUCUGGUGGCUGGCUCCUGGGACUUCAGGAGAUGUGGGGCCUCGCCCCCUCAGGAGGAGCUCCUGGGCUGCCCCUUCACCUCUGGGGGCUUCCUCGGGUCCUCAGCAGGCCACACCUCCUUUGAUGUUCCCAUGGAAGCUGAUGCAUGCACUUCCGCCUUUCCCCUCUUCCGGUGCUCAAAUCCACAAGGCUAGGUCUGAGGGCUGCAGACCGGCUCAGCUGUCAAGGAUCAGGGCAGACCCCCUGACUAGCCUGCCCUCUGAUGGAAAAUCAAGUCCUCUUCCCAGCAGCAGGUAGGGGGUGUAGGAUGGAAUUUCUCAGGGCUGUGCUAUAGCUUCUGGGACACCCUGGGAAUCUGGGUGGCUGCUUCUAUGUGGAGGGAAAGUAGGGAUGGAGCACAAAGGCACCGAAAUUCGGAACUCCUGGCAUUGGGAUAGUCUGAAUCAGAUCUAAGCCUGUCUCCCUAUGGGAGGAAGCCACCUUGGGGAGCUGAUGCUGAGCCUGGUCCUGGUGCACCUGGAGGCAGGCAAACCCCCUGUGGCUGAAGACCCUUCUGUGGCAUGCUGGACAGACCCUCUCUUGGCCCUGGUCAGACUUGUCAUGGGAGGCUCUCUCCACAGCCCCUCCCUGUACUGCUUGAAGGGGUUGCACCUUACUGUCAAGAGGUCAGUGUUAUAAUUUCAACAUCUUUGUGUUGAAAAGCAGUGUUGUUCCAGGCCAGGCAGUGUUCCUCGCCCUGAUUUCCUCCUUGCCCUGGGCAGAGGACUCGACCUUUCUGGCCUCCCAGCUGCACCACCACCUAUGGCACAGCUGCGGGCUGACCAUGUGUGUGGGUCAUCAGGAAAGCUUCCCUUGUCCUCUGUGUCAACAGAGCUUUCCUCUGUCUACCUUCUCUUAGCCAGAAUGGCCUGCUACUGGUGACUGCCACCCUUCUAUUCUAGGACCCUGGCCUUUGGGAGGGUGGGGAUGCUACAAAUACAUAUUGGGUGAAGCUCUCCAGUGCUGUGAACCACACAAUGUACAAUGACUGCCAGUGGGCUUGGGGGUUGGGGGAUGGGCUACAAGGUGAGAGAUUGAGAAUUUGGUCUGGGGGACCCAAAUGUGAUUCUCUCCGCAUCCCUUCCCUCCCCCAGCUCACAGUGAGUCAGGUUUCCGAGUUGUCCGGUCUGGCCACUUUCAUUUCCCUUGGGGCUGGGUGGAGGCUAGUGCAGAAAAGGGAACCGAGCCACCCAUCUUCUGAAGCCUGGGGGCAGGGCUGGACGCUCUCCUGCCUUCCCUGUCCCGGCCCAGCGCUGGGCACUGCUCUGAGGAGAGGCCUGCAGCUGAGACCCCUUAGCGACGUCGAGGUGGCACUUAGCUGCCACAACCCAACAAGACGCCUUUGCCAUGAACCAGCCUGCCCCCGCUGCCCUUCCUCCGCCCCGCCGCGUACGGCUGAAGCCCUGGCUGGUGGCCCAGGUGAACAGCUGCCAGUACCCGGGGCUUCAGUGGGUCAAUGGGGAAAAGAAAUGCUUCUAUAUCCCCUGGCGCCAUGCCACGCGGCACGGCCCCAGCCAGGAUGGAGAUAACACCAUCUUCAAGGCCUGGGCCAAGGAGACAGGAAAGUACACCGAGGGGGUGGACGAGGCCGAUCCGGCCAAGUGGAAGGCCAACCUGCGCUGUGCCCUUAACAAGAGCCGUGACUUUCGCCUCAUCUAUGAUGGGCCCCGGGACAUGCCGCCUCAGCCCUACAAGAUCUAUGAGGUCUGCUCCAAUGGCCCCACUCCUGCAGAGUCACAGCCCAGUGAGGAUUACACUCUCGGUACAGGAGAGGAGGAGGAGGAGGAAGAGGAAGAGCUCCAGAGGAUGUUACCAAGCCUGAGCCUCACAGAAGCAGUGCAGCCCGGUCCCCCCAUGGCACCCUAUUCUUUAUCCAAAGAGGAUGUCAAGUGGCCAUCCAUUCUCCAGCCGCCUGUGGUGCUGGGUCCCCCUGCCCCUGGCAACCCUGCUGACUAUGGGGAGCUGCUUUCUGAGGUCCUGCCAAACCCACAGCCUGGGACCCUGGCUGCCAGCCUGCCCCCCACAGGCGAACAACUCCUGCCCGACCUGCUGAUCAGCCCUCACAUGCUGCCUCUGACCGACCUGGAGAUCAAGUUCCAGUACCGGGGGAGGCCACCCCGGGCCCUCACCAUCAGCAACCCCCAUGGCUGCCGGCUCUUCUACAGCCAGCUGGAGGCCACCCAGGAGCAGGUGGAGCUCUUUGGCCCUGUGAGUCUAGAACAAGUGCGCUUCCCCAGCCCCGAGGACAUCCCCAGCGACAAGCAGCGCUUUUAUACCAACCAGCUGCUGGAUGUCCUGGACCGCGGGCUCAUCCUCCAGCUACAAGGCCAGGAUCUGUAUGCCAUCCGCCUGUGCCAGUGCAAGGUGUUCUGGAGCGGGCCCUGCGCCUCAGCCCAUGGCUCACACCCCAACCCCAUCCAGCGGGAGGUCAAGACCAAGCUCUUCAGCCUGGAGCAUUUUCUCAAUGAGCUCAUCCUGUUCCAGAAGGGCCAGACCAACACCCCACCACCGUUUGAGAUCUUCUUCUGCUUUGGGGAGGAGUGGCCUGAUCGCAAACCCCGAGAGAAGAAGCUCAUCACUGUACAGGUGGUGCCUGUAGCAGCUCGGCUGCUGCUGGAGAUGUUCUCAGGGGAGCUUUCUUGGUCGGCUGAUAGCAUCCGGCUACAGAUCUCAAACCCAGACCUCAAAGACCGCAUGGUAGAACAGUUCAAGGAGCUCCAUCACAUCUGGCAGUCCCAGCAGCAGCUGCAGCCUGUGGCCCAAGCCCCUCCUGUGGCAGGCCUCAGUGCUGGCCAGGGGCCCUGGCCCAUGCACCCAGUCGGCAUGCAGUAAUGCGGCUGCAGACAGUGAGUGGCCCAGGCUUCCAGGGUGGCUGUGCAGACUGAUGUGGAGGUGCGAUGGCCUCAGUGGGCACCUGGUGGGCAGCAGGGUCCUAUCUCUGGGUUCUCUGGAAGUGGAUCUGGGUCACGAAGAAGAGGGAAAAGAGGCCCGAGUUCCAGGUUCUCCUUAGAAGCUGACGGAAACUGGAAGCCAAUUUUGCUUUGAGGACUCUGUCUUCCUGGAUAUGCCUCUCCUGGGCUGGGUGGGGGAACUGGGGGAACUGAGCCAUCGGCACCAGUGAGGAGGGAAAGAACUCCUCCUGGCUCCAGGGGGCCUAGUUGUACAGAGGGAGUUGCCCCAGAGUGACCCAUACUUGUGGUUGCCCCCAUUUCUUCUGGCAAAAAGAGCCAAGUGCUGUGGCUCAGGUCUCCCUGGCAGGUCCUCUGCAGGGCAUGGAGCGGAUAUUGGGGUUCCCUAGCUUGAGCCCCACUUCCUCAUCUUUCUUCCUCCAGAGACAGAGAUGAGCACUUACGUAUUACACCAGAUACUUAAGGCUGGCAGCUACCUCCCUUCAGAGUCUAAGAUCCUGGGGUAGAAAGUGGAAUUUUACGUAUUUUUGGAUUAAUAAAUAUUAAAAAAGAGACUCA